AUGUCAAAAUUAUUGCAAGACUUUAUAAAUAGUAAAUCGGCGUUUAGGGUCAUUUACAGCACCCCUUCAAAUACAUUUGAAGGAAGAAUAAGACGUAUUUGUGUGCUUGAUUCAUCCUUUAAUCCUCCACAUUUAGGGCAUUAUUCAUUAGUGAAAGAAUCACUAAUAUGCAACUAUAAUGAUUCACCAUCACAUAAUAAGAUGGUUUUGCUCCUUUUAUCAGUUAAUAAUGCUGAUAAAUUAACCCCUCAGCCAGCAUCUUUUCAUCAUAGAAUUGAAAUGAUGUUUAAAUUAGCCGAUCAUAUUCAUGAAUCGUUGAAAAUUGAUGUUAAAGUGGGAUUAACCAAUCAUGCUAAAUUUGUCGAUAAAUCAAAAGCCAUUUGUUCUUAUUUGAGUAAUGAUAAGCAACUUUCAAUAUCGAGUAUACGCUUAUCGUUUUUAGUUGGAUUUGAUACCUUGAUUAGAAUCCUAAACCCGAAAUAUUAUGUUCCUAAUAGUUUGGCAAGUGCGUUGGGUGGGUUUUUCGAAACUUCAGAUCUUUUCUGCCUUACUAGAUCUGAUGAUUCUAUUUCUUUAGAGAAUCAAUUUGAUUACUUGGACUCUAUUGCAAGUGGUGAUAUAGAUGGAGUCCCUAAACAUUGGUCUUCUAAUAUAUUUUUAAGUCACAAUGAAUCAUUAGAAUUAAGUAAAAUAAGUUCCUCGAGUAUAAGGUCCAAUAUUAGUCAUAAUAAUGAAGAAUGGUUCAAUAAAGUAACUCCUGAUAUUAAAAAUUAUAUAGCGAAUGAAGGUAUCUAUAAAGACUAA